UGCUGCAAACAGGGGAUGCAGAGACGGGUUGAUACUGCAGCACAGGACAGAAGGGGUGGGGGGGGGGGGUGGUGGAGGAAACCUGGGGAUGAUUCGUUGCAGGGGGAAAAGAAGAAUUCAGACUUGAGGACAAGGCCAAGAUCAAGCUUCCCACUUUGGCCUGCGAUCUUCACCUUCACCUUCACCAUCACUGUGGCCCCAUGCUAAUGAUGGACAUCAGGAGCCAGGAUGGAGAGCACCGGAGGCAGAGACCAGACUAGCUGCUGCCCCCAACCUGUAAUCUACAGACCAAAGACUACCCCAGCAUCAGCUGCUGGCUGAGCACCUCUGAUCACAUCUCAGCUGGGGGGCUUCAUGCCCUGGGACAGUCCUGGGAGACAGAGGGAGGAAGUGGUGGUGGAGGAGGAGGAGGAGGAGCAGGCAGCGGGGAGGCUGGCUCAGAGAAGUGGUGGAGGGUGGUGGUUUAAGCUGCCUGCUGUAUUUUUGGAUGUGGGAUCUUCUGAAUUAAGCGAGCAAUGUGGAAUAAAGAUGUAGUGUGAGCUAGUGGAAGGAGUGGUACAGAACAAGGAGAGCGCUGUGCUGAGGAGAGGAGAGGGCUGGACGUCCCGGCUCAACGGACGAACCGGGUGGACGGAGAUCUGGGGAGAGUCCUGAGGGGGAAACAAAGACGGAGGGUCCACUGGAUCAGGAAGAUGCCCUCUCGCUGCAGGAAUGCGCUGAACAUCGUGAUCACCACCCUUUUUGCUGCGGUGGUCCUCUUCACCAUCCUGCUGGCCUAUGUCACAGGCUACCAGUUCAUCCACACUGAGCAGCACCACCUCUCCUUCGGCCUCUAUGGUGCCUUCCUCUCCCUCCAUCUCCUCCUCCAGAGCCUCUUCGCCUUCCUGGAGCAUCGGCAGAUGAGGAGCCCCGCCCGGCCACAGCACCUCCGUCGCUCUGUGGCUCUCUGCAUUGCCGCCUACCAGGAGGACCCAGACUACCUGAGGAAGUGCCUGCGCAGUGUCCGCCGAAUCUCCUUCCCUGGCCUUAAGGUGGUGCUGGUGGUGGACGGGAACCGGCCCGAGGACCGCUACAUGAUUGACAUUUUCCAGGAGGUGAUGGGCGGCGCUGACCAGGCUGGCAGCAUGGUGUGGAAGGGAAACUACCACAGUGAUGGGAGCGGAGGAGUUGGAGUCAGAGAUGGAGGGCGGAGCACAGUGCACAUGGAGGAGGCAGCACGAGUGGCUCGGCUGGUCAGAGGCUGCCGCUACUCCUGUGUCAUGCAGGAGUGGGGAGGGAAAAGAGAGGUGAUGUACACUGCCUUUAAAGCACUGGGGGACAGUGUGGAUUAUGUGCAGGUGUGUGACUCCGACACAGUUCUAGACCCAGCAUGUACCAUAGAAAUGCUGAAGAUCCUUGAGGAAGAUCCAAUGGUGGGAGGGGUCGGUGGAGACGUGCAGAUCCUUAACAAGUAUGACUCAUGGAUCUCCUUCCUCAGCAGCGUGCGCUACUGGAUGGCCUUCAACAUUGAGCGGGCCUGCCAGUCCUACUUUGGAUGCGUCCAGUGUAUCAGCGGCCCUCUGGGGAUGUAUAGGAACUGUUUGCUCCAGCGCUUCCUGGAGCCCUGGUACCACCAGACCUUCCUAGGCUCCAAGUGCAGCUUCGGUGAUGACCGCCACCUCACCAAUCGGGUGCUCAGCUUUGGCUACAAGACAAAAUUCACGGCGCGAUCGCAGUGCCAGACGGAGACACCAACCCAGUACCUGCGUUGGCUCAACCAGCAGACUCGAUGGAGCAAGUCUUACUUCCGCGAGUGGCUCUACAAUGCCCUGUGGUUCCACAAGCACAGCCUCUGGAUGACCUAUGAGUCCGUGGUUACCGGCUUCUUCCCUUUCUUCUUGGUUGCCACGGUCAUCCAUCUCUUCUACCGUGGAAGGCUGUGGAACAUCCUGCUCUUCUUAUUAACGGUCCAACUGGUUGGGAUGGUGAAGGCCACCUAUGCAUGUUUCCUGCGUGGCAGCCUGGUCAUGAUCUUCAUGUCACUCUACUCUCUGCUCUACAUGUCCAGCUUGCUUCCUGCCAAAAUAUUUGCCCUGCUCACCAUCAACAAGGCUGGAUGGGGCACUUCAGGCCGCAGGAAGAUCGUGGUCAACUUCAUCGGCGCUGUGCCUGUCACAGUGUGGGCUUUGGUGCUGCUCGGAGGUGUGGCAUAUACAAUCUACUGUGAAACACAGGAGCCAUUUAGUGAGACAGAGAAAGCCUUGUUGAUAGCAGGGACGAUACUCUACGCCUGCUACUGGCUCAUUCUGCUGGUGCUCUACCUGGCAAUCGUAGCCAAACGGUGUAACAAGAGGGAAGAGCAGUAUCACCUGCCAUAUGCGGAGGCAUAAACCUGCUACCAGAGAGGCUGGUAGGACAUUCACACCGAGUUUCACUGCAGUAUGACUCUAGCAAUGUCUCUGAACCUGUGAACUGCUCAAGUGAUGAGUUGUGAACCACAAACACACUCAUCAUUGGUGCUAAAAAGGUGUGAAUCUGAAAUCUGAGCAGCAGGAAUCUAAACCAGUUGGGUAGCCUCAGAGAUGACUGGAUCCACAGAGCUCUCCCAUUUACAUCAUGCUCAAUGGUGCUUCACAUUGGAAAACCAAACCAAGCAGAACUGAUCCAGUUUAUAAAGUGUUCAUGCACUUGUAAUAAUGACAUGCUCAGAAGAACAUUAGGUAGUUUAUGGGUACAGGUUAGCUGUAAACUCUGACAACAUGGUGCAGUACGGUGCUUGAAAUGAAUAUGCAGCAGGAAAAGGGAUAAAAUGAGACAUAAAGGUCUUACUUAGUGGUUGGUCAGUUUUUCAUGUGCCUCAUUUUGAUAAAGAUGAGACGGGAUAAAAUGUGACAGAACUGAGCUUCUAUAAUAAACAACAAUAGAUAUAAUAGAAAGGCAACUUUCUCAAGUCCAAGCACCUCUAUUUCAGAUAAGAAGAGGGAACCUCAGAUCAUCAUCAUAACCUUCAUUUAACUAGGAAGUCACAUUGAGAUUAAGGUCCAGACACAACAACCCAACAUUAAAGAACUAGUGGUCAUGAAGGCCGAUUGUUGCGUCGCCUCGAGGUUGCACUUGAACACACCGCAAAGGCUACAUCUGAUGGACAGUUAGCAGGUACGUUUUAUAGCUGCGUGAGAUGAAAUAACUCUCCCUACCAGCAGGCGGUAUUCAUCACCGGAACCAGAAGACCGAGGACUGGGGAUAUACAAGCCGUUGUUAUGAUACGUACAUGAAAUUAACCACCAAUCAGAGUGAGUUCUCUCACCAACAAGCUCUGCUGCUGAUUCAACAUGCUGAAUGGGGACACAUCGUAAAAACUAGGCCGACAGACGGCCGCCAACGACCCCAAACCGUCGACUUCAUGUGUCAGACCCUUAAAACCUCAAAAUAGAUUUAGACAUUGGAGUGUAUCUGAAAGGUGUCCAGACAGAAGCACUUUUUAGAAGCGGUUCAAUUGCCUACAGAGUCAAUUGAAAGAACUGACUGGGCAUGAUAGAUGCAAAUUUGCUCUGGGGGGCUAAAAUUGAGAAAAAGCUGGUGAAAGUUGAAAAUGGGUCAACUUGAGUGUAAAAAUGUGCGUUGAACUCUGCGCUUUAUCAAUCUACUUUAUAAAAGUACCGAGAUGGGAGAAAAAGGGAGUGACUGAAGGAAAAUAACAGAAAGAACUUGGUGAGUUUAGUGAGAUUAGUCAGAGGUGACACACACACACACACACACACACACACACACACACACACACACACACACACACUGUUUGUGCAUGUUGAGUUCCUAGCCAGCUACAGCUAAUCGUCUGUAUGGAUGGUACAUUGACUGUGAACAAUAAACAUGGACUGUUUUGGCAGUUUUAGCAGGAAAAGUCAUGUGAAAAUUCGGUUUGUGUUCUGUCUCAACCAGGGGUGGAACGGUUCACAAAAUCCAUGGUUGGGUUCAUAUCACGGUUUUGGGGUCACGGUUUUCGGUUCGGUUCGGUACAUUUAUGUUAGA